GUGAGAAGGUUCAUUUAUGAAUCAUGCUCACUUUUCAAAAUUCCUGCUCAGUACCCAGCUCCUUCCAGCUUGCCGGCAUCCCAGGGCUGGAGUCCCUGCAUCUCUGGCUUUCCAUCCCCUUUGGCUCCAUGUACCUGGUUGCUGUGGUGGGAAACAUCACCAUUCUGACUGUGGUAAAGGUGGAGAAUAGCCUGCACCAGCCCAUGUACUUCUUCCUGUGUAUGUUGGCGGUUGUUGACCUGGUUCUAUCCACUUCUACUAUGCCCAAACUGCUGGGAAUCUUCUGGUUUGGUGCUGGUGAUAUUGGCCUGGAUGCCUGCUUGGCCCAAAUGUUCCUCAUCCACUGCUUUGCCACAGUUGAGUCAGGCAUCUUCCUUGCCAUGGCUUUGGACCGCUACAUAGCCAUUUGCAACCCGCUACAUCAUACCACAGUCCUCACUCAUGCUAUGGUGGGACGGUUGGGGCUGGCUGCCCUCUUUCGGGGGGUACUCUACAUCGGACCUCUGCCUUUGAUGAUCUGCCUACGGCUGCCCCUUUACAAGGCUCGUGUCAUCUCACACUCUUACUGUGAGCACAUGGCUGUGGUCACCUUGGCAUGUGGUGACAGCAGGGUCAACAAUGUCUAUGGGCUAAGCAUUGGUUUUUUGGUCCUAAUCUUGGAUUCCAUGGCUAUUUCUGUCUCUUAUGUGAUGAUUUUCCGGGCUGUGAUGGGGCUAGCCACACCUGAAGCCCGACUUAAAACCCUGGGGACAUGUGGUUCUCACAUCUGUGCCAUUCUGAUCUUUUAUGUUCCUAUUGUGGUUUCUUCUCUCAUUCACCGAUUUGGUCACCAGGUACCUCCUCCAGUCCACACUCUACUGGCUAACUUCUACCUCCUCAUUCCUCCAAUCCUUAAUCCCAUUGUUUACGCUGUCCGCACCAAGCAGAUCCGGGAGCGGCUUCUCCAAAUGCUGAAGACAGAAACUAAGUUCAAGUGACCAUUACUUCCUUCCCUCUCAAACAUAUGGAGAAGGUAUUUAAAUAUGGUGGGCAGCUUGCCAAAUGGGAGCUUCAAGCCGUCUGAGAGGUUAGGCCCAGUGUUCUCCGGUUUUUGUGAUUCCAAAGGAAUGUUAAUGUACAGCUUUAAGUUCUAUUUAUGUUUAUUUUAAUGACUAAAGGGUAUUUGAGCUGUAAAGGUGAAAUUAUGAUGACCUCAGUAAUACAAAUAGUUAGGAUAUUUAUAAGAAUUAAGUGCUGAAUGAACACUAACUUGUGAGGUAGUUAGUACUGUUCACAUUUUACACAUUGGAAAUAGGAUAGAAUACCCUUGCUUUAUC